CCGUUAUUCUCUUGCACUUUCUCUCGGCCUCUUCUCUCGAGUAUUCGCGGUCUUUAUCUCCCUAAGCCAGCCUACCUUUCCUGCGCUCUUUUAUAUUACUGCAUGCUUGAUCUUUUGGUCUUUUGGUUUGUGAGCGAUAAAAUCUAUCUAUAGACCACACUCUGUUGUCUAGGUUACAGUGUUAUCGAACACCGCCGCCCGUUGACCGACCGCAUCCUCGAAAGACCCAUGUCUUAGAUUUCACAACUGCUAGUUUGCUUGUCACGGAGUAUUUGGGGAGCGAGGGUUCAGAAGAAUUUCCUCAACUAUAAUCAUGGCACAGAAGAUCGAUUUUAACGCCCUCAGGGCGCGUACUAUGGGAUCAGGGAACGAUGAGGAAGCGGUCACAGUUGACACACGGGGUCUGAUUUCCAAAGUCCUUGCGCGCUACUCUGGGAAAUGGACCGUUUUACGAGAGAUGAUACAGAAUGCAGCUGAUGCUAACGCCACGAAAGUAACGAUCAAGUUCGAAACGCUACCGUCUACGACUGUCCCGCUGCCUCCAGCUGCCGACGAGAGCACUUUAAUCAAGCACACUAUAUCUAAUCAUACUCUCAAGCGUCUUCUGAUAUCGAACAAUGGCCUACCCUUUAGUGAGAAGGAUUGGGCAAGGCUAAAGCGCAUUGCUGAUGGCAACCCGGAUGAGACCAAAAUCGGCGCAUUUGGAGUCGGCUUCUACAGUGUAUUCGAUGACUGCGAAGAGCCCUUCGUAUCAUCUGGGAAGGAGGCCAUGGCUUUCUAUUGGAAAGGGAACGCUCUCUUUACUCGUCGGUUACAGCUGGAUGAAGACGCCAAUCCCGAGACUACAUUCGUUCUAGAUUACCGCAAUGAUACGUCACCGAUCCCCUCACUGAUGCAGUUAUGUCAGUUUCUGUCCAGCAGCCUUACGUUCGUAAGUCUGGAGGGUAUAGAACUAUGGUUGGACGACUGGAAUCUCUUGCGACUCACGAAGAAGACUGCCCCAAGCGUCAAUCUAAGCAUUCCGAGGGAUAUUGAAACUAAAACGCCGCAAGGCCUGAUGAAAAUUCAGAAUGUCACUCGAGAGGUUGCUCAGGUUGAUGCUUCGUGGAUGCGUGUCAUCGAGUGGAACCCUAAUGCCAGCAUCUUUCGGGAGGGACUCAGAGAUACCACGGGUUCUUUGCGUACCUUCUUCUCCAAGCUCACAGGCCAGAGUGCCCCCGAAAAGCCAGCGAGACCCGAACUACAGGAUAAAUCCACUGACUCUGGAGAGAUGACCAAGACCUUAACCGCCUCGGUCUUCCUGCAUAUUAACACCGCCAGCCUCCAAGCUUCCGUCAGUCAGUCUUUAAGUAGCGAACUUGAACGAGCUACGCGAAAACCUCCCCCUAAGCGAUCCACCAUCGCCAUUCUGACCCCCUCAUAUGAUACUACCUUAGCCUCUGGUGCUUCUGGCCUACAGUCAGAGGUCCUCUCCUCCAUUCUACCUUCUAAGGGUGGCAGGGUCUUCAUAGGUUUUCCAACCCAUCAAACAACGGGUCUCAAUGCCCAUAUCUCUGCUCCUUCCGUCAUUCCUACAGUGGAGCGCGAAAGUAUUGAUCUCAAUACUCGCUACAUUAGCAAGUGGAAUUUGGAGAUGUUGAGGGCCGCCGGAAUUGUUUGCCGGAUCGCCUGGACAGCCGAAAUGGCGUCCAUCAAAGCUAGGAUAUCCUCUGGGAAGGAGUCCUCGAAAUCCAUGAAGGUACGGAAGGAUGAUAUAGCAGGUGUUCUUCCGGAAGCCAUCCACACUGCAAAGCAGUUCGUAUUCCGUGAAUCAACGCCAUCAUCACUUCUUGGGCAAACCAUCGAAGACGCAUUCUGGACGUGUAACAAAAGUGCAUCCAUUGAGGUUCUUUCAACAUGCGGUGUUAUCCAGAGCCAUCAGGUACGCCUUGCCCCGAAGGAUCUCAGCUUCAUGGAUUCGAUACCAGUCCUGCCUGAUGAGUUCUAUUCGGGUGCGAGGGAGUUCGUCAAGAAAUUGACGGAUUUCGGUUUGGUUACCGAUAUUACGGUCUCCGACAUCAAACAGGAACUUGAAACCACCACACUACGGUCCAGCCAGGCUGCUGAAUUCCUUCCUUGGUUAGGUCAAAGGGCUGCCUCGGGCCAGCUUGAUCUAUACUCCAUUCAAAGCUUGCUGAGUGUAGCAGUGGCAAAUGAAGAGGACGAGAGCAGCCCCCAGAAUAGAUUGAUUGUUUUCGGAAGCAUCGACAGUUAUCUAAGCCCUCAGAAGAUACCCGUCAAUUUGCCUGUUCCCCCCACUGUGGCGCCUUUCAAAUUCACUAAGUCUCUAGGGAAGCAGGAGUUGGAGGCUUUAGGCUGGACGGAGCUUCAGAUAGUUCCGUGGGUGCGUUGGCUAGUCUGCAAUUCUGCUAACCGAAAUAUCCUGCCCUUGGAUCAGGAUAUCACAAAGAGUCCCUCGUUCUCUGCUCAGGUCUUGCCGGUUCUUUCGAAGCAAUGGGAGUAUCUAAGCCAGACAGCGAAACAAUCAGUGAUCACUCAGUUACGAGCACAUACUGUGAUACCGACUAAACUAGGGAUGAAGAUGCCUCCUGAGACCUAUUUCUCUUCCGUCCGCUUGUUUGAUGACCUUCCCGUCAUACAUGGCCUAAAUGGAGUUAAAGAGAAAUUUUUGGCAGCGCUUGGCGUUCGUAAGACUGUCGAACUCGGUGUCAUCUUCGAGCGUCUUCUCGAUACCACGGAAGCACCCGAUGGUCCUAACGAUAACCAGAGGAAAUGGAGUCACGUCGACUUGAUACGAUAUCUAGCUUCCGUGCGCGAUGACAUACCUGCGAAUGAUAUCAAACGACUCAAAAACACCAGCUUAUGCACUGCCGAACAGAGUGACGGCAGUGGAAAUGGUGAUCUUAAAGCAGCGAAUCGCAAGCGCUAUAAGAUAUUUGAGUUGUUCGAACCGAAGGACUCGCUCAGGGCUCUGGGUUUGCCUAUCAUUGAAUGGCCAGGUCGGUAUCAGCCCAGUAGCAACGAAGGAAGGUUUCUGUCAAUGUUGGGACUCAGGAGUUUCCCGUCAGCGUCUGAGCUUAUCCAAAUCAUGGCUAAGGCAGCCGCGGAUGGUAAUUGGGUUCUCCAUACAAAAGCGAUGUCAUACUACAUCGCCGAGUUUCAUACAAGUGGCUAUGCUAUGUUCGACUGCGGUACAGUGGCUGUUCCGUUCUUGCCCGUCGAAGGAUCGCAGGGUUUGACUGUUCCGGGUAAGUGCUUCACUGAUGAUGGUGCCACCUUGUUUGGGUUCGCAAUCCUUCGCACGGAUCUGCAUCCUCAUGCUUCCAAGUUUGGGGUUAAACAACAUCCCGCACUGAGCGAAUGCAUCGAUUGCCUCAUGCGUCAGCCACCGUCCACGAAGCGUGACGCAAGGGUCGUAUUCAAGUAUCUAGCCGGGCGGGUGUCAGAACUGAGUGGGCGGGAUAUAGAUCGUGUUGGCAGUGCGCAGGUUGUCCCCGUCUCGACUACGCAGGAUGAGAUGGAAAAGAAAGUCGUGCGUCGCGUAGCACCCAGACUUUGUUAUCUUGGAGACGGUGAGGAUUACAAAGACAUUUUUGAUUUCGUCGACUUUGGUCAAGAGGCGAACCUUUUCCUCAUGGCCGUCGGAUCCAAACGUGAGCCCACUAAGGUGGAGAUUGCACGCAUGCUUGUAAAAGAACCAGCAAGGAUAUCAGCCUCUUUCCAAAGUGCUGACAAAUAUCUUAAACUGCUGAGGACACUUGCCGAGCAUGUCUCAACCUUGAAGAAGGACCGCGAACUGUUCCAGGAAAUGAAGAGGUCGGCCUUCCUGCUCGCAAGCAGGGAUAUCACUUCCCUGGCACAGGAGCAAGCUGCCAAGGAUGAUCACCUGUCUGACGAUGAGGAAGAUCAAAGCAUUAAGGAAUGGACUUUGACUGUUGCGAAGGACGCAGUCGUGGUGGAUGAUUUCCAGAGCUUCAAUCUUUUCAAGGAGCAUAUACUCGCAGCGCCUCAGGAAGAAAUGCUAGAGAACUUCUAUCAGUCUCUGGGGGCUCAACCGCUGAGCGGCCUUGUCGAAGAGCGUGCUCACUGGGGCGCUGUAGCUGCCGACCAACGUCCAGCCGCCAAGUUGCAAAAGCUGAUCAGUGAACGCUCGCGGCUGUUCUUACAUGACCAGUCUCCUGAUCUGAUCCGGCAUGAUGUGCGGUGGCUAGAGAAGCAUUUGCAAGUGCAGGUGGUGCAUUCCAUCUCCUUAACUCGCUCUCUCAAGGGUCGUCGGAUAUCCCACACGCAAAAGCGAAGCGCAAUCAUCACUCAACAGGGAAGAGACUGGCUCUUGUGGAUCUGCCCGGGCAAGUAUGAUCUUUACGAGAUUAGCCAGGCUCUGGUCCACCUAAUCCUUGUUCGGCCGAAGCUCCAUUCAACCCUUACCUUGGAGAUGUUGCUAAAGACUGAUCUGCUGGAACUCAAGGCUCGCGGGUACAACGUGGAGCGUAUCCUUAAACACAAGGCACACGAAGCCAGGAUGGCAGAGGACAGGCGGCAGAAGCAGUUGGAAGAAGAGCGUCAACGUCUGCAAGAGAGAGAAGCUGCGUGGGCCAAGGAACAAGCUCAGAUACAAGCACAACCUCAUCAAGUUCAAGACGAGCGGGAGCAGUUAAUGCCGGGAGACUUCCCUGACUCGCCGUCGGGCAAGAACAGCACCCGUGACAUCCAGCCGGACACACCUGACCAAACCCAAGAUCGCCGACCACGCGGGUUCUUCGCCAACCUCUCCAGGCGAUUUGGGCUCGAGGGCAAUCGAUCGCCCUUCAAUGCUGUCAACGGAGAGUCAUCUCAGCCCUCCCGUUCUGAAUCCUCAGAGACUGCCACCCCUCCCCCGCCUUACUCUGCUGAAGAUCCUCAGAAGACUCGCUCGGAAGCUCCUGUCACUGUCAAUUCACCCCAUCGACUUCAGUCGGAGCUGCUCUCCGCCAUCCAGGCGUGUCGGCCCCAUGGAUCUUCUGAUGUUUAUAGCCGGCCUGAGACGAACCAGAUCACCGAGAAGAAGUCCUACUGUGACGAAAAGCCCAGUCAUGAUCUAGAGUUUGUCGCGACACUUGCCUGUGGGAUUCACGUAUUGUUUGUGAAGAACCUCCCGGAUCGCAGUCAAUUCUUAGCCAAGAAUAGCGUCGGCAUUAAUGUCUUUGCUUCGAUGUUAAUGGAUUGUGCUGGGGUAUUCUCGCUCCGGUCAGACAUCCUCAGUAUCUUCUAUGAUCCUGGGGGCAAAACGAUCGCCUUUAACCGGGCGGGCAGUGUAUUCUGCAAUUACUUCUACUUCCAACAGCUUCACGAGAAGCAACUGCUUGCAAACCCGACUGCCGACCGAGCGGAUGCACUUGUAUACUGGUGGGUGAUCCUAUGCCACGAACUGGCCCAUAACCUGGUGGGAGACCAUAGCUCUGCCCACAGUUACUAUACCGAAAGCUUUGUUGCGCAAUAUUUCCCCAAGAUAACAGCCAAGCUCGCGAGCGCAGGUAGAGCUGCUCCAGAACCGAGUGGCUAGUCCAGCAACGUGUUCGGAUUUGGAUAGGAUUUAUUGUAAAUCAAUCUAAUUACAGACGGCCAGGCGCCGACAUGUACAAAUCACGAGACAGCUAGUCGCUCUAAUCUUUCAUC